GGCUCGGCCCAGACCACUCAUUCAUCAUCCCAGGCCCGCUCGAAAAAGCAGCUUUGCUUCACAUUUGGUGGAGCCACUGACACAGUGGCACUGGCACAUAAUACACUGGUUGAGUAAUAGGCGGGAAAGAAAGAAAGAGAGAAAAGAGAAAGAGAAAGAGAAAGAAUAGAAAAGGAAAGGAAAGAAAAUGAAGGACAAAGGAAGGAAAUCGGUAGACGAUAGAUACGCACAAUGGAAAUCAUUAGUCCCAGUACUCUACGAUUGGCUCGCUAAUCACAACCUCGUUUGGCCUUCCCUCUCUUGCCGAUGGGGUCCACAACUGGAACAGGCAACCUAUAAGAACCGCCAGCGUUUAUACCUUUCUGAACAGACUGAUGGUAGUGUUCCAAAUACUCUUGUGAUUGCAAACUGUGAGGUUGUUAAACCUAGGGUUGCUGCUGCAGAGCACAUUUCUCAGUUUAAUGAAGAAGCACGCUCUCCCUUCGUAAGGAAGUAUAAAACCAUUUUACAUCCUGGCGAGGUGAACAGAAUCAGGGAACUGCCACAGAACAGUAAGAUAGUGGCUACACACACUGAUAGUCCUGAAGUCCUCAUUUGGGAUGUCGAUGCUCAGCCGAAUCGCCAUGCUGUCCUGGGAGCUACAGAAUCUCGUCCAGAUCUGGUAUUGACUGGGCAUACAGAUGAUGCCGAAUUUGCUCUGGCUAUGUGCCCAACUGAGCCCUUUGUACUCUCUGGAGGUAAGGACAAGUCAGUGGUUUUGUGGAGCAUACAAGAUCAUAUCUCAGUCUUGGCAGCUGACCCAGUGUCCUUAAAGUCUCCUGGAUCUAGUGGCUCCAGCACCAAACAUGCCUCUAAGGCUGGUGGUAGUAAUGAUAAAUCUACUAAGAGUCCUUCUAUUGGGCCACGUGGUAUCUUCCAAGGGCAUGAGGAUACUGUUGAAGAUGUUCAAUUCUGCCCAUCAAGUGCACACGAGUUCUGUAGUGUGGGAGAUGAUUCUUGCCUUAUACUAUGGGAUGCAAGAACUGGCUCUAGUCCUGUUGUCAAGGUUGAGAAAGCUCACAAUUCCGAUCUUCAUUGUGUUGAUUGGAAUCCUCAUGAUGUAAAUUUCAUUCUUACUGGGUCUGCUGAUAAUACUAUUCACAUGUUUGAUCGCCGAAGCCUCACCUCUGGUGGACUUGGGUCACCUAUUCACAAAUUUGAGGGUCACAGUGCUGCCGUCCUCUGUGUACAGUGGUCCCCAGACAAUUCUUCUGUCUUUGGAAGUUCUGCAGAGGAUGGUCUCCUAAAUAUCUGGGAUUAUGAGAAGAUUGGUAAAAAGCAAGAUUCUGCUGGAUUGAACUUGCCCAGCGCUCCUCCAGGAUUAUUUUUCCAACAUGCUGGGCAUAGGGACAAGAUUGUUGAUUUCCAUUGGAAUUCUUCUGAUCCAUGGACAAUUGUCAGUGUUUCUGAUGAUUGUGAGAGUACUUCAGGUGGUGGUACACUACAGAUAUGGCGGAUGAUUGAUUUGAUUUACAGGCCCGAGGAGGAGGUCCUCACUGAACUGGAGGAUUUUAAAUCUCACAUUCUUACAUGUGAUAAUAAAAACUAGAAGGAACUUUAAAAUGUUCUUGAAAACUAAAAAUGCUGAAAAGUAUUGGAUGAUGGCUGUCUUAUUAGGAAGGCCUCUCUUUCGGCAUUUGAGUUGCUCACUUGAGUUAGAGACCCUUUGUUCUUAAGGUAGCCAGCCAUAUUUUACCUUA